GUUGAGUCCAGUGUGUUGUCCUUAAUGUCACUUCCUGUACGUGGUUCGAGCGAGUCAGCAUCAUGGUGAUCCUGUUGAACUGUGUGACUCUGGGGAUGUACCAACCGUGUGAGAACAUCGACUGCACCUCAGACCGCUGUCAAAUCCUUCAGGCGUUUGAUGCGUUUAUUUACAUCUUCUUCGCUCUGGAGAUGGUGGUGAAGAUGGUGGCUCUGGGGAUCUUCGGCCGUCGCUGUUACCUUGGCGAUACAUGGAACAGGCUGGACUUUUUCAUCGUCAUGGCAGGGAUGGUAGAAUACUCCCUUGAUCUCCAGAACAUCAACCUCUCCGCCAUCAGGACAGUGCGAGUACUCAGACCACUAAAAGCCAUCAACAGAGUUCCCAGUAUGCGGAUCCUGGUGAACCUGCUCCUGGACACUCUGCCCAUGCUCGGAAACGUGCUGCUACUCUGCUUCUUUGUCUUCUUCAUCUUUGGCAUCAUUGGUGUGCAGCUGUGGGCGGGGCUUCUGCGCAACCGCUGCUACCCUGAGGAGAACUUCACACUUCCGUCUGGAGUCACGCUCCCCACUCCCUACUACCAGCCUCAGGAGGCAGAUGAGCGACCCUUCAUCUGUUCAUUAGCUCAGGAUAACGGGAUCGUGUCAUGCUCUGACAUUCCCCAACUGAGGGAGGGAGGGACAGAGUGCUGUUUGGAUAAAGAAGAUGCUCUUCAGGCCGUUGGAUCAGAAUCAUUUUCCAACACCAGUGCAAUGGGGCUCUGCGUCAACUGGAACCAGUACUUCACCCGCUGUGAGACUGGAAACAGCAACCCCCACAAGGGUGCCAUUAAUUUCGACAACAUUGGCUACGCUUGGAUUGUCAUCUUUCAGGUUAUCACAUUGGAAGGCUGGGUGGAGAUCAUGUACUACGUGAUGGAUGCUCACUCCUUCUACAACUUCAUCUACUUCAUCCUGCUCAUCAUUAUCGGCUCGUUCUUCAUGAUUAACCUGUGCCUGGUGGUCAUCGCCACGCAGUUCUCAGAGACAAAGCAGCGAGAGCAUCAGCUGAUGCAGGAGCAACGAGCUCGCUGUCUGUCCUCCAGCACGCUGGCGUCUCUCACCGAGCCGGGGGACUGCUACGAGGAACUCUUCCAGCUGGUGUGUCACGUCCUUCGUAAGGCUCGCCGCCGCUCCGUCGCCCUGUACUACACGCUCAGAGGGAAAGCCCCGCCUCCUGGGGGAGGUCGGGGACGGAGAAGGGGAGGGGUUAAAGCUAACAGAGGCGAGAUACAACAGUGUCGCUCUACUCAGGUGUCUCACUGUCCUCACCACAGUAAAGUGGAGCACAGCGCUCAGACUCUGGAUAAUUCUGUCCCUCUAUCCGUUCCUCCGAACCCUGAAGAUUGUCCUGAGUGCACUGCCCUGUCAAUCCGGGAGGGGGCGGGGCCAGGAGAGGACUUAGCCAAUGGCGAGGAAGGUGAUGGAGCACUGGAGGAGGCAGACCGGGAGGAGAAUCACUUAGAAGAGAGAAUAGAUGAGGAGGAGGAGGAGGAGGAGGAGGAGGAUGAUGAUGAAGAAGAAGUGGAUGGUCAGAAGAAAAAGAAAAAGAAGAAGAGGCGCUCCUGCUUUUGGAAAUGUAAGGACUUAUGGGAUGAGAUGAGAGUGAAACUGUGGAGCAUCGUAGAAAGCAAAUAUUUUAACCGAGGAAUCAUGAUGGCCAUCCUCAUCAACACCAUCAGCAUGGGCAUCGAACACCACAACCAGCCCGAGGAACUCACCAACGUGCUGGAGGUCUGCAACAUCGUCUUCACCAGUAUGUUCACGUUGGAGAUGAUCCUCAAGCUCACAGCGUUUGGCUUCUUUGAGUACCUGAGGAACCCAUACAACAUCUUUGAUGGCAUCAUUGUCAUCAUCAGUGUGUGUGAGAUCAUUGGGCAGUCUGAUGGAGGUCUCUCCGUGUUGAGGACGUUCAGGUUGUUGAGGGUGAUAAAGCUGGUACGCUUCAUGCCGGCUCUGCGCAGGCAGCUUGUCGUACUAAUGAAGACCAUGGACAAUGUGGCGACCUUCUGCAUGCUCCUCAUGCUCUUCAUCUUCAUUUUUAGUAUUUUGGGAAUGCACAUAUUCGGAUGUAAGUUCAGUCUGAAGACAGAAGCUGGAGAUACGGUUCCUGAUCGGAAAAACUUUGACUCUCUGCUGUGGGCCAUCGUCACUGUGUUUCAGAUCCUGACUCAGGAGGACUGGAACAUGGUUCUGUAUAACGGCAUGGCCUCCACAUCUCCUCUCGCUGCUCUCUACUUUGUGGCGUUGAUGACGUUUGGGAACUACGUCCUGUUUAACCUGCUGGUGGCCAUCCUGGUGGAGGGAUUUCAGGCUGAGGGUGAUGCUAACAGGUCAUACUCAGAUGAUGAUCGCUCCUCCUGUAACUUUGAUGAAAAGGAGAAAGAGAAAGAUCCUCUCCAGCUGUCAGAUCCUAAAAUCUGCACUCUGACCCCUAACGGUCAUCUGGACCUGGCGCCGAUGCCCAACGCUCUGGGAGUUUACCCUGCUGAGCGGCUAAGCUUUGCUUUGGGCUCCAGAAAGAACAGUGUGAGUUCCCUCGGGAGAACUGGUCUGGAGCAGAGAUCUCUGUGUCCAAGUGGAGGAUCUCUGUACAGUUGGACUCGUCCGGUUCCUCAGGGUUUCUCAUGGAGCCGCAGGUCGAGCUGGAACAGCGUGGGGCGGACGAGCAGGAGUGUGGGGGUGGGCACGGGGGGCAGUCUGAGGGUGCGAGGCCCUCACUCAUACCAGGCUGAACAUGAAUCCCUCCUCCUCUCUCCCCCUCCUCUACACCCUCAUCAUCCUCAUCAUCCUCCUCCUCCGCUCUUCUCCAGACACUUCGUCCCCCGUAGGGAUCGCCGUGCUCUCUCUCUGGAGCUCCCUGAGCUUCUCCAGGUCCCUGGAGCUCCGCUCACCUCUCUGCACUCACAUCAGCGCAAGAAAAGUUUCUCAGGAGGACCAUCAGGUGCGCAGGAGCAUCAGGACUGCAACGGCAAGACGCCGGCAGCACAGCAGCAGAUCCUCAGUGAAGUUUAUCCACAAGUCAACACUCGCAAAGACCGAGAGGACCUGGAGGAUGAGAUCGACUACAGUUUAUGCUUCAGGAUCCAGAAGAUGAUUGAAGUUUAUCGUCCUGAUUGGUGUGAGACGAGAGAAGACUGGAGCAUUUUCCUCUUCUCACCUCAGAACAAGUUCAGGUUGAUGUGUCAGUCCAUAAUCGCCCAUAAGCUGUUUGACUACGUGGUGUUAGCCUUCAUCUUCUCCAACUGCAUCACUGUGGCUCUGGAGAGACCCAAAAUCCUCCAGGGCAGUUUGGAGAGGCUUUUCCUCACCAUCUCUAAUUACAUCUUCACUGCGAUCUUCGUGGGUGAAAUGACUCUGAAGGUGGUGUCGAUGGGGUUGUACCUGGGUGAUCAUGCGUACCUGCGCAGCAGUUGGAACAUCCUUGAUGGUUUCUUGGUCUUUGUCUCGUUGAUUGACAUUGUGGUGUCAAUGGCGGGUGGAGCUAAGAUCCUGGGGGUUCUCAGGGUUCUCAGGCUCCUGCGCACGCUGCGCCCCCUCAGGGUUAUCAGUCGAGCUCCAGGCCUGAAGCUUGUGGUGGAGACUCUGAUAACGUCUCUGAAGCCCAUCGGGAACAUCGUUCUUAUCUGCUGUGCUUUUUUCAUCAUCUUUGGUAUCCUUGGAGUGCAGCUUUUUAAAGGAAAGUUCUUCCACUGCCUCGGUCUGGACGUCAGAAACAUCACCAACAAGUCUGACUGCCUGCUGGCCAAUUACAAGUGGGUUCAUCACAAGUACAACUUUGACAAUCUGGGACAGGCUCUCAUGUCCCUGUUUGUCCUCGCUUCCAAGGACGGUUGGGUGAACAUCAUGUAUCAUGGUCUGGAUGCUGUGGCUGUGGACCAGCAGCCCAUCAUCAACAACAACCCCUGGAUGCUGCUGUACUUCAUCUCCUUCCUCCUCAUCGUCAGUUUCUUCGUGCUCAACAUGUUCGUGGGCGUGGUGGUGGAGAACUUCCACAAGUGCCGACAACACCAGGAGGUGGAGGAGGCCAAGCGGAGGGAGGAGAAGCGACUCCGGCGCAUGGAGAAGAAGAGACGGAAAGCCCAGAAGUUGCCGUAUUACGCCAGUUACAGUCACGUCCGUCUGAUGAUCCACAACCUGUGCACUAAUCACUACCUGGACCUCUUCAUCACCUUCAUCAUCUGUGUGAACGUGGUGACCAUGUCUCUGGAGCACUACAGUCAGCCUCAUUCUCUGGAGAUCACUCUCAAGUACUGUAAUUAUUUCUUCACCAGCACCUUUGUGCUCGAGGCCAUGCUGAAGCUCAUCGCAUUCGGUUUCAGACGUUUCUUCAAAGACAGGUGGAAUCAGUUGGAUCUGGCUAUAGUUUUGCUCUCAGUGAUGGGCAUUACACUGGAGGAGAUUGAGAUCAGCGCCGCUUUACCUAUCAACCCCACCAUCAUACGUAUCAUGAGGGUUCUGCGCAUCGCCCGCGUGCUGAAGCUGUUAAAGAUGGCGACGGGUAUGAGAGCUCUGCUUGACACAGUGGUACAGGCUCUACCUCAGGUGGGAAACCUCGGUCUCCUCUUCAUGCUGCUCUUCUUCAUCUACGCUGCGUUAGGAGUGGAACUGUUCGGAGAACUCGUGUGUAACGAAGAUUAUCCAUGUGAGGGGAUGAGUCGACACGCCACCUUCGAGAACUUUGGCAUGGCGUUCCUCACACUCUUCCAAGUGUCCACUGGUGAUAACUGGAAUGGAAUCAUGAAGGACACACUGCGCGAGUGCCCCCCAGGCGAGUAUAACUGUAACCCGAGCCUUCAGUUCAUCUCUCCGCUCUAUUUUGUGAGCUUCGUGUUGACGGCGCAGUUCGUCCUCAUCAAUGUGGUGGUGGCCGUGUUAAUGAAACACCUUGACGACUCCAACAAGGAAGCACAGGAGGAGGCCGAGAUGGACGCUGAGAUAGAACUGGAGCUGGCACACGGUGCCCUCUGCUGCAUGGGAGGUCUAGCUGCAGGAGUAGGAGGAGGAGUUGGAGGAGAAAUGAGAGGAGGAGAAGGAGAGAAGCAGGGAGGUGGAGGAAGUGGCGGAGGCUCUGAAUCUGCACCACAUUCACCAGGAGAACAUAAAACUAACAGCUCCAACAAACUGUACUCACCUGUACAGGAGAACAUCUGGUUGGACAGUGUGUCUCUGCUCAUUAAAGACACGUUUGAUGGAGAGAUGUUACUGAUAGACAAGCUCUCAGGCUCCGUCUUCCAUCACUACUCGUCUCCAUCAUCAUGUAAAGACUACAAGAGUCACCCGGAGGAGCAGAUCCACAUGGCCGAGCUGGAGCGAGUGUCUCUGAGAUCAGAGAGAGGUUCAGACCCAUCGUCCUCCCCGGCGCGCCCAGACGACCUCGUCCAGGACGAACAGAACGUUUAUCAGAUGGAGAAAAGCUUGGAGGAGGCAGCAGGGGGUGAAGAAGCAGCGAGAGCCGAGGGCGGAGGUCACAGAUGGCUCCGGAAGACAUACACACCAAACCGCCAUAGCAUCGGUGGGUCUCUGUGUAGCAGCAGUUUUAGAAGAAAUGAUAAUGGUACUAGAAGUGAUUCCUCCGCUGUCUUCCAUCUUCCUGCUGAGUUUUUCCAUCCAGCAGCAGCAGCUUUACCGGUACCCCCGAGGACUCGCCUGGGUCACAAGCACAGAGGCCUGAGGCUGAGCUCUCCAGCAUCCUGGGCUUCCCUUCGCUCACCUGGGGCUAACACUGAACUUCUCACAGCACAGUACGCAUCUCACAGCGACUCGUCCUUGGCCACAGGCAGCUCAGAGGGAAGUCUGCAGACCACUAUGGAGGAAGGGCUUAGCUUCAGUGUCUCAUCUUCACAGGAACCCAACAGAGGUCUUUCUACAGAGACGCUGAGACCAGCCUUUGACCUCCAUGCUAACAGAGUGGGCCAAAGCAGCUGCCAGGGUUCUUUACAUAGUUCCAACAAGGCCUGCAACAGUGAACAGUUUUCAGAAACACUGAGCAGCCUUUCUUUAACAUCACUGCUCUCGCCGAGCUCUCUGGUGCCCCAACUGGUUAAUAAGAGCAACAGCACUGGAAGUUUGGCUCAGGGGAAAGGGGGAAAGGACAGCAAAGGGGAAAAGGAAGGAUCAGAGGGAAUGCAACUGAUUAGUCUCCGGGGGACAGGAAAAGAAAAGGAAGAAGCGUCGGAAGGUGAAAUUACGAGUCAACAAAGAGAGGCAGGCUUGAGGAAAAACAGAUGAAACCCUCUUUUUUCAUUACACUUUACGUGGUUUGCGACUUUUCCUCUCCGUAUUUUUGUUGCAUUUUUCUGCUCGGAGAUGUUCAAAGUUGGACACGUGAUGUUCCUUGUGAGGAACAAAAUAAGAACAAAUCCUGAUCUAGCACUGUCUCUCUUUUCAUCCGUGGCCUGGUCCUGUUUUCUAUUUUGCUCAAGAGAGAGGGACGUAGAGGAGCUGGAUCCACUCCGACAUGCACCUCUUACCCUACAGAGCAACAGAAGCAGGGGACAAUACAAACAACCACCAAAUACUAAAUCCUGAUGGUUGAGGAAGCUCAAAUCAGGAUGUCCAAAUGCAAGCGCAGUAGGAUGUAGCGGUUUCGUUUAUGUUUUGGUAAAUUAAAUGAGUUAAAAUGGAAAAUAUUCAUUGAUAAAAAAAAUCGGUAGCAACCUUGAAAGGCUACAAAGCUAUAGCAAGGAACUUUUGCAUUUUAUGGAAAGGGCAUGCGGCUGGGAAGAAAGAUUUUGAGAGGGCUGAAAAAAAAAAUCAAAGCUAUAUUUAGCAGCAUCGUGCGCACAAAGUAAAUGCUUGCAUGCGUCUGCGUGUGUGCGCAUAUUCGUGUGUAUGCGUAUGUGCGAUUGAAGCUCACUGAAUUCGGCGUUGUGCAGAAUGCAAUAAGGGGCCAAGAUCAGAGACUUGUUUCAAGGACAUUAAGAUGGAAAUGUAUUUGCUGUCUAUGAAAAGGAGCAAAAAAAGAAAAAUUGUAAAAAAAAAAAAAAUAUUUUGCAUGACGGCAUCUCUUCACAGACAACUUGAAAUUUUAAAACACACAGAUCCGUAUGACGAUGUCAAUGCCGGACGAUAGCAGUGUGAUUUUUACUGAGGUAUUUUUUUAUAAACAGGUCGGCAGUAAUGGAAACGAGGGAAGUACAUGUGUUAUUGUUGCCUUGUCCUCAGCCCAGUCCUACUGUUUCUCUGUCCGAUUUUAAACCGUCUCCUGCAAGUGACUUCCGAUUUUGUAUCUUCGGUAUCGGGAGGGGAUUUUGUAAGUGGGACGAAAAAAAAAGAAGACGAAGAAGAAAAAGAAGUGAUGCUUGGAAUUUCUGACAACAAAACAAGAAGCGAAGAAGGACUAAGCAGCCCUUGCAUCACACAAG